AUGGACAACAUCAUCCGCAUUCACAACGCCAAUAACGAGUUGGCAUGGCGGGAGGUCCUAAAGUGGGAGGCCAUGCACGCGGAGUACGUUCUUUGGCUUUAGUCUGUCUACACUUAUUUAUUUAUUUAGCCUCCCGCCUUAUUGAUGAUGGGGAUGGCAUUACCGGAUAGUCGUUGGGAAACAUUUUAGAAUCGUAAUCUCGCUUAGGUAGGGGUCGACUUCCACUCGGACCAGAUUGGAGUUCUAACCCAGUUUGUGAGUUGCAUUGCAAAUUUUCGCCUUUAUUGGCCACAGUAAAACAGAAACCGCACGUAAUCUCUUAACGUUCAUUUAUUGCACUACUCAGGAUGUUAAAGUCCAGAGGUUGAAUGGCUGUGACGGGUAGGAAGCUGUGUUGUAUGUACUGUCUGAUUGCCUAAGUAGUCAGUCCCACGACGACUUUAUGAACUGUCCACUGCUGGACAAGAGAAGAACAGACCAGCUGUCUACAGACUUACCUUCUCGAAAUUCCCUGGUCGGAUGAGAGUCUAUUUUGGGGCUUUUAAUUAUGACACCAGUUGGUCUCGAACGUUUUUGCCCUUCACAGUGGUAAGCCGAAAGUCUUGCUUUACGGUGUCUCCGCUCCUUCAUUGCAACCCCGAUUACCUUACUCGACGCCGCUACUUUUUAAUCUUUAGUGAGUGUCUCACUCCAAAACUGCGGAGGUUUGCGGGCGACUCCCAGAACUACUCCCUGCGCGCACGAUUUCGUCGUAUGCUAGGGUAAGUGGCCCGGGAAAUUUGUGCAAUUUUUCGUUGGCUGCCUUUGUGUCGCAAAGCGUUUUCCAACCCCUUUAUUCCAAAAUUAAACCCUGCACGUUUCCGUAAGAGACGCCUUCAAUUCUAUGGUGGAUGCCGCCUAACUCAAAGGUCCUGCUUGUAUAGCAAUUCUUGUCAGGUCACUUUCUCUUUCCCUUUCCUCUCAUUUAUCUUCUCCUCGCCUAUUUCUCAUCAAGAAAAUCAAAACCCAUACUGUAUUUCCGAUUUUCACUGUUGUGACCAUCUGUGCUGUUUUAUCCCCACCGCCACGACUCCUAAUCCGUCUUCCCCGAAAUGGUGAAUUAUAAGGAGAGAUUUGAUGGGCGAAAUGACAAGGCUGCAAGGGGUGAAGUCUGCCCUCUCAUUUUUCUGCUAAGAUUCCAGCACAGACCACUGAUCCAUGCGAAGUGUGCUCGUUUCGUUUUGAUUACUGAGUUUAUAUUGAUCCAUCUGUGAAAAACUCGUCGCCUCGGUGAGAUUCUAACCCACACAGUAAGGGGAAGGCCUUAGUACAGCCAAGGCUCUAACCACUUGAGCUACGAGGCCCCGCCGGACGACGCGAGUUUUAUCACAUUUGGGUCAAGUUUCCCGCCCAACCUACUGCAACGCCUGGAAUCCACAAAAUCUGAUACAGUAAGUUGACUGCCCAAGCAGGAUUUCCUAAGUAAUUCACCUAGAAUCCACCAGAUGACUACCGAUCUCACGUAAUUCAUUAAUAUUUUGGAAGAUUUUGAGUAAUUCAUAUUGACCCAAUUGUGAAAAACUCGGCGCCUCGGUAUGAUUCGAGCCUACGCAGUGAACUCGCGUCGUCCGACGGGGCCUCGUAGCUCAAGUGGUUAGAGCCUUGACUGUACUAAAGCCUUUCCAUUACUGCGUGGAUUCUAAUCCCACCGAGGCGCCGAGUUUUCACAGUUGGGUCAAUAUGAAUUAUUCAAAAUCUGCCAAAACAUUUAUGGAAUACUGAGUUGUUUACGCGAGUUAGCACUUUCGAUGCAAUAAGCCAGGUCUGAGCACAGUUUUGAGCUGCCAAGACGUCAGAUGUCGAAAAUUGCUUACUCGUUGUGAUGAAUCGAAUUCCCCAGAAUAACCGGAGCGAAGAGUUCAGUCAGCCCAGGCCAUGGCGGAGCACGGUCUAGUCACCGUAUCUGUGAAAAGAUUCAUCGCGACACCUGAAACUGGACCCGCUCACGGGCCUAACUCCGACAAUCCGGCCAAAAGAUCCUAUCGAAAACAAGGGUCAGUCAGCCGUCUUAUACCUUCAGUGCAGCUAUUGAGAGGGCGAGUACGACGAAAGCCAGCCGUGAACCCCAGUCGGGUACUUGGAUACCUGAAAUCAGCAGCGGCAACCGAUGUCGCGAGAACGGGGUCUGCUUUCAACUUUGA